AUGGAGCUGGUAGUGGAAGAGGGGGAUAAUGCUCUCACGACAGUUGUGAGCCAGAGCCUGCUCCCUCUAUUCCUACACUGGCACCAUGAGAACCUGCACGUGGCCGAGGCGUGUGGCGAAGCCCUGCUUGGUGCGGCCCGCUUCCUGAGGAGGAGGGAUCUCGAGGAGCUGCUGAGGCAGAAGCGGCGGAUGAAGUUCGUCGAGAGCCUGCGCCGCAGCCGGGCCCGCCAGGCUGCGCCCCCCACGCUGCUCCCUGCCCUGGGCCGUGCGGGCCGGCUCGGCCGGUGCUGGGCGCAGGGAGCGCCCGGCCGAGAGGCAGAGCCCGCGCUGAGCCUUCCCUGCCGGCGCUCCCCGCAGCUGCUGCAGGACGAGAGCCGAGCGGCCGAGCACCUGCGCUGGGCCCUGCCGCACCUGCAGAGCCCACAGAGGCCCCUACGAGAGGCGGCCGUCAGGUUCAUCGGGGUGGCCGGAGUGCUGAUGAUGGGCCAGAAGGAGGAGCUCCAGGUCCUCACUGAGGCUCUUCGAGCCCUCAGGGAAGACGAGAGCCCAUCCUGCAUGAACACCUGGAUAGAGAUGAAAUUCCAAGGAAGAUCUGCAGAACUUCGUUUGUCUCCUGGAGCAGAUGUACCUGUACCGGCCGCCUCCGAUGUUUUCCAGUUCCCUUCGAAGAUGGGACCACCUGCAGAGCAGAAGGGACCAGCUGCAGCUCCAGGCACGGCUCUGGUCGCUCACAGCUGAGCCUGUGCGAAGCCCCAGCAGCUCCUGCCAUCUCUCCCCCUGUUGGCAGCUCCUUCCCUGCAGCCCUCAGGCCCUGCCCAUGCCC